AUGUGGCACCGCUUGUCAUCUUCAAACUUCAAAUUCACAACUUCGGGUUUAGGGUUAGGGUUUCUUAGACGCUCGUUCUCAGCUGAAUCGGGGAAGAGGUUCGCUGCGCUAUGGGGUAACGGUGAUUACGGCAGAUUGGGUCUCGGUGAUUUGAACUCUCAAUGGACACCUGCUAUUUGCACCUCCUUCCAUAAUCAAAACGUUAAAGCAAUUGCUUGUGGAGGUGCUCAUACCCUCUUCUUAACAGACAAUGGAUGUGUUUAUGCUACUGGUCUCAACGAUUUUGGACAGCUUGGUAUAUCGGAGAGUAAACAAUACUCAGUUGUGCCACUUCAAGUUUUUGGCCACGAGAAGAAAGUUGUGCAUAUUUCUGCUGGCUAUAAUCAUUCGAGUGCAAUAACAGUGGAUGGAGAACUAUACAUGUGGGGAAAGAAUACAAAUGGGCAGCUUGGACUCGGAAAAAGGGCUCCCAACAUAGUUCCUUUGCCAACUAAAGUGGAAUACUUGGAUGGAAUCAACAUUAAAAUGACAGCUCUGGGUUCUGAGCACUCAAUGGCUAUUAGUGAUGGAGGAGAGGCCUUUAGUUGGGGAAUGGGAGUGUCUGGUAGACUUGGUCAUGGCCAUGAGUCAAGCUUACUAGGAUUCUUCAAAAGUUACAGUGAAUACACCCCAAGGCUUAUAAAGGAUCUUGAAGGAAUCAAGGUAAAAAAUUUAGCUGCUGGGAUGCUGACCUCGGCUUGUACUGAUGAAAAUGGUUCUGUGUUUAUAUUUGGAGAGAAAGGGGUUGACAAAUUGCUCUUGAAGGAGAUGAGCAAUGCAACAAAACCAUCAUUAAUCAGGGAACUUCCAUACGCUGAAGAAGUUGCUUGUGGUGGCUAUCAUACCUGUGUCUUGACAAAUUUUGGUGAGCUUUAUACUUGGGGUUCAAAUGAAAAUGGCUGCCUUGGCAUAGGGUCCUCAUAUGCUAUUCAUCUACCUGAAAAGGUUCAAGGGCCAUUCUUGGAGUCUUCUGUUGUUCAGGUUUCUUGUGGUUGGAAGCAUACAGCAGCCAUUUCUGGGGGAAGAGUCUUCACAUGGGGUUGGGGAGGUUCUAAUGGAACUUUCUCUGAUGAUGGACAUUCUUCUGGUGGACAAUUGGGUCAUGGAAGUGAUGUGGAUUGUAUAAAUCCUUCAAGAGUUUGCUUUGCAGAUGAUGUGAAAGCAUUGCAAGUUUCAUGUGGUUUCAAUCAUACAGGUGCUAUACUUGAGUAUGCAUAG